CUUCGUCAGUAAACACUCCCAAAGUCUUCAUACAACAUCCGUACAUACCGCAUCUCCAGAUCGUCUUUGCGGAACCUCGACGUGUGCAAUCCGUAAGUUCUACAGCGUGAGGACACCCUUCUAGCUUCCCCCAUAGAUUUUACAUCCCAGAGUCCCACGCCCAAACACAGACCCAUGGACAAGCCGACAAGCGCACGAGGCACAGAAACUCCUCCUCCUCCACCUCCCCCAGCAGUCCAACACCGCGUCUCCUUCUCCGCUCCCGAAACCUCUCCACAACGCCAUACGCCGCCCCUACGCUCGCCCACUCCAUACCCCUCCCCUCAAGCUCCGUCUUCGGAAGACAGUUCUCCAGAGUCGAGCCAGUCAGAAUCAAGGGCAGCUGCCCCGGAAGGUGCAAAGCCGCCGCGGCGAUCACCCUCGCCGUAUCCGCCUCCCCAGCCACCACUUUCAGACGAUGAGUCUGCCGGAACGGGAUCGGUGACGGAGUCGAAUUCAGACAUGGAUGUGGGGAAGUGCUGGGCGUGUGGCGGGAGGCUGGUGUAUACGGGAUUGGGACCGAGUAAGACGGAGUGCGUUGAGUGCUGGGCGCCGCAGCCUGUGGAGUGAUAGAGUAAUGAGAGCAGCAACGCGCAGGAGUAGUAUAGUGCGCAUGGAUUGGUACGGAUACGAGAGCAUGAGUGGGGGAAGGAAGAGAGACGGUACG